AUGUCCAACGCGGAGCCAUCGACGUCUUUGCGGAAAAUUGAGGAAGAGAUUCUCGCUGAUGAAAAAUUCGCGCCACUCGCGAAAUUGGCGCAAACCUGCUCGACGGAUGCGCUUGCCGAUCACCUUAUCGGGGCUGUUGAUUGGAAGGAGGUCGAGGAAGUGAUGCCCAAAUUUCUCAAGCUGAAAACAGUGGACGAUGUGAAACAGCUUCUAAUCGAGCAGAUGGAUGGGAUGUCGUCGAAGCGACUUGUUGCUGUUUUGAAUGGCAGCAAUACGGAGGAGUCGUCGAGCUCCGAGGAAGACGAGGCGAAUGAGGUUGAGGAAGCGGUUUGUGCGACAAAAGAAGCCACACCAGUGGUCGAUGAGAAAAACGCGGAAAAACAAGGCGAGGAUCGAAGCGACGAGGCAGCCGCUGACGAUGACGACGACGACGACGACCAUGAGCAGAAGCUAAACGAGGAGCUGAACGGCAUUUUGGAUUGA